CUAUCUAAAAAGCUUACGUUUAUUCUUAGUAAUAACUAGAAAUCACUUGUAUGCAUCAUUUGUUGUUUAUAUCAUCUUACAGAUCAUCUGCAAUUGUAAAAUGUUAAAGAAAUUUCAAUUUCAAAAUUUUCCGCCAUCUUGUGCUCUAACGGUUACGAACACUAUAUGAGAGAAAAUAAACACAUGUCAUCACGUUUCACCUGUAGAGCGGUUAUUUUUGUCCGUUAUACACUAGUGCUGUAAAAUUUUUGAUGACAUGAAUGAAACAGUCAAUUUUCCUGAAGUUAAAAAUAUUCUGUCCUAAACUUUAAUUCUUGUAUCAGGAAAUAUAACGUUUGCAUAUCCAGCAUUGCUGAGGAAAGUGUUUGUUGCAUGUGAUGACAUUCUGGAAAAUUACUGAUAUUAUUAUUUUAUUAAGUGUACGUUUUCCUGAGAUAUUGUAUAUAACAUUUAAGCACUAAAAGUGUUAUUUUAGAUAAUUUAAAUUAGGUAUAACAUUAGUAAUAAUUAUUGAUAAAAGCUUGAUAAAGAAAGCAAGUAGUAGAAUUUCACUGGUUGUGCGUUUAGAAAAUAUGGAUAAAAUGGGGUAUACAUAUUUGUUAGUAUACCUUAUUAUCACAAUAACUUGUCAGAGUGAAGCAAACACAAUGUUUGGAUGGAUUUGGGGCAAAUCUAACGAUGAGAGCACUGUUUUGGUAGCCGAUGGAAUACCAUUGGUUUCAAUUCCCUAUGAGUCCAUGACAGAAGAUGAAAAGUUUCUUCAAGAAGCAGCAAAAUUUACUGAAAUUCAAGUAUCAUCACCAUUGGAAACUUGUCAGCAUAAAGUCAUCAUGAAGAUUAGAACUUCUUGCUCCGAAAUGACUGAAGAACAACUAGCCAAACUAAGUGUGAAUCUAUUGAACUGUCAGUCAGCUGUGGAAGGUAGGAAGAUGUUUCCUUGCACAGAAGAUAUGUCUCUGAAACAAUGUACAACAGAUAUGGAUGCAGAUAUGUGGAAUGCAUAUCAUUUAAUGAGUAACAGAGCAAGAGCAGUUUGUUAUGCAGCUCGUAGUACUCAAUUUCGUGCUCUUACUGAAUUGACUGUUAAUAAGUUAAUGCAAACUGCACAUACGCAAAUUCAAACGCUUGGUUCCUUAAAGGAAAGCCAAGAUCGUUUAGAAGAACAAACAGUGCAAGCAUUAUCUUCUUUAUCUGAAGGAAAUAAAGUAUUAUUAGAACAACAACAACAUCUAAAAGAUGCACAAGUAUCAGCCCAGCAAUUAGUAACAUCAAAUCUAAGAGAAUUAUACAAUGAAAAGGCCCUGAUUAGAAUGGGUCAUAAUCAGUUAUCAACAAUGGCAGAAGACAUAAAACAGAAAUUAGAACAAGCAAGUCAGAGCUUAGAGCAACAAGCUGUUGAACAUAGUGAGAACCACAAAGAAAUUCUUCAAGAUUUAAUGAAUAUUCAAGAACAAGCCCAACUGAUUUGGGAUAAAAUAGAAUCCAGUACUAAUCGUAUAUAUGAACAACAUGAAGAAGCACUUCUUCAAUAUGAAGAAACUUUAGAAAAAUUAGGACGGAUUAAUGACACAAUUCAUUUUCUCUGGAAUCUAACAAAUUCCAUGCGCGCAGAAGUGGAUGAAAAACUUAGUUGGUUGACUAAUUAUAUUGGUGACACUGGGGAACAAAUGCAUAGAAUGUACCGUACAAGUCUACAUGUUGUUUACUUACUGUGUGCUAUGGUAAUUGCUGCAUUUCUCCAUGCACCUCUGCUGACCAGGGUUACAAUAAUGGGAUUAGUGCCAUUGAACUUGGUAUCAUACUUAAAGCAUGGUAUGGAUGCUUGCUUAGACUUUACAUCGAUGACUGUAUUGAUAUUCUUAAUCACAGCAAUGCAUUUCGUCAUGACCGGAAUUCAACGUCUUUGUGCACCGAAGGCAACUAUACACUCAGAACCUGUACAAAUUACUAAUAAAAAUGGCCUUGCAAAUGGUACUGCACAAGACUACAUAUCGUCUUCGUGUGCAAGUCUUAAGUCAUCCGGGACACCAUCUUCAUCCCUAUACACGAAACUGAAAAGAAGCAUUGGGCGUAUUUGCAAUGUCAUUUAUAAUCAAAUAAAUUAUUGUAUACAAAAAUGUGCUUCCUUGGUACAAUCUGCAAUCUCUUGGAGCAGGCAAAAUUACAACCAACGCGAAGAAUUGUCCUGUUCCUAUAUGCCAUCCAAAAAACCCAGGGAGGAUCUUAUUUACAGUCGCCAAGGGGAGUUUCCUAGCAUGAUAUCUGAGGAUGCCACCGACUUCGAAAACUCUAUAGCAGUAAAUGAAAACGAUGACAGUGUCAGUGACCUUGAUCACCUGGUAGAUGCAAAUGAACUGAGAAGACGAUUGAGGAAACUUGAAGGUUCUGGGAGCAGAGCUUCCUACGUUCAACGUUCCCCAUCCAGAAGCGUCAGUCCAUCGUACGCAGUGCCUAGAGUUCUGUGUAGCGCUCUAACUAGAAGCGGAAGGAAAUGCCGUUUGUUUGCCACUAAUGGCAACUAUUUUUGCUCAAGACACUCCGCCGGUACUUCCAUAAUAGGAGACUGAAAGAUUUGCAAUAGAUUUUACGCGUAACAACCUUUGGAUAAGGUAAUUUGUAAAUGGAAUUUUAACGUGUGACAAAAAUCAAAGUCUGAAUAAGAUAAUAGUACAAGAAGGAUAAAGACAGUAACUUUGUAAAUUGCGUCUACUAUGUAAAUAUCCAUUAUUUUAUAACACUUACACUGCGUGCCUUGAAUUAAAUUUACGAGUACUUAGCCUGUUAAGUGAAGUGUAUGUCCAUGUGAUCGGUAGCUAUUUAUUUUUGUAAAACGUCGCAUGUAUUAAUAAAAG